CUAAAAACAGAUUUAUAUUUAAUCUUGGAAAAUGUCUUCGAAGUUAGAGGAGGAUUUAUCCUGUCCUGUGUGCACUGACAUCUUCAAGGACCCAGUUGUUCUCUCAUGCAGUCACAGCUUCUGUAAAGUCUGUCUGCAGCAGUUCUGGGAAACCAAAGGAUCCAGACAAUGUCCAGUCUGCAGGAGGUUAUCAAAGGCAAAGCCGCCAACCAACCUUGCAUUAAAAAACCUGUGUGAGACAUUUUUACAGGAGAGAGGUCAGAGAGGAGCACUCUGUAGUCUCCAUGGCGACAAACUCAAGCUGUUUUGUCACGAUGAUCAGCAACUUGUGUGUCUGGUGUGCCGAGACUCAAAACUACACAGGAAUAACAAAUUCAGUCCCAUUGCUGAAGCAGCAGUUGACCGUAAGGAGGAGCUCAAGGUCAAAGUGGAUCCCUUAAAGGAAAAGCUAAAGGCUUUUGAAAAAGUAAAACUCACCUAUGAUGAAACAGCAAAACACAUUAAGAAGCUUCACCAGUUUCUACGAGAUGAAGAGGCAGCCAGGACAGCUUCACUGAGGGAGGAAGAGGAGCAGAAGAGUCAGAUGAUGAAGGGGAAGAUUGAGAAGAUGAGCAGAGAGAUCUCAUCUCUUUCAGACACAAUCAGAGCCAUAGAAGAGAAGAUGAGAGCUGAUGACAUCACAUUUCUACAAAACUACAAGAGCACAGUGGAAAGAGCCCAGUGCACACUGCAGGAUCCAGAGAGGGUUUCAGGAGCUCUGAUCAAUGUGGCAAAACACCUGGGCAACCUGAAGUACAGAAUCUGGGAGAAGAUGCAGGAGAUUGUUCAAUACACUCCUGUGACUCUGGAUCCCAACACUGCAAACCCACGACUCAUCCUGUCUGAGGAUCUGACCAGUGUGAGAUGGGGUGAUGAGAGACAGCAGCUUCCUGAUAACCCAGAGAGAUUUGAUCAUUAUGUCAGUAUCCUGUGCUCUGAGGGCUUUAACUCAGGGACUCACUGCUGGGAUGUGGAGGUUGGAGAGAUCACAUGGUGGAGUGUGGGUGUGCUGACAGAGUCUCUCCAGAGGAAGGGAGACUUUUACUCUAAGAGUGGACUGUGGUGUUUGUGUUAUAAAGAUGGUAAAUAUGGAGCACGUUCUUCACCACAGCCCCUCACUCUCCUCACAGUGAAGCAGAAACUCCAGAGGAUCAGAGUGCAGCUGGACUGGGACAGAGGAGAGCUGUCAUUCUCUGACCCUGAUAAUAACACACAUCUACACACUCACACACACACUUUCACUGAGAGAGUGUUUCCAUACUUUAACACUGGCAUAUUUCCUCUGAAGAUCUUACCAGUGAAGCCUUAG